AUGAGACCCAGCUCUGAUGAUGUCCCUCGAAUGAUGGACGAAGGGUCAGCCCAUUUUUACCCGAAACGAGGGAGCAGGUCUCGUGGACUGCGUCAACCUGAAGCCAAACGGCUGCAGUACAACGCCAUUCAUCCGUCCUCUUCUGGUGAGAUCGACGUACCAAUCAUUUCUUCAUGCACUUUCAUGCAAACUGGCCACAAAACUCACAGCUCUGGCUUCAAUCCCGCUGGGAGUUCUGAUGAGACCAGUUGUAACGAGGUUGAAAUAGCAGCCCACUUAAUUCUGAGCGAGAUGGCCUUUUGCCAUUCAAUGCUAUACCGAGACCCUGUGAUCCCACUUUGUGGGAAGACUCAAUUAUCUGUCCUUAAAUCUCCUCAACUGACCGAAUGUCAACAUGCUCUUAUAAAGACCAUUGACCAGCUAAAUACUUGCACCGAUUAUUAUGAACAUUAUUAUGAUCGGCUCCGUGAUCGGCUUGGGAAAGUCUAUGCC